CUUUAUUCGGGUUUGAGCCAAUGAUCAGCCUGGUUUAUUUUAUUAAACAAAACUUUGCACACAUCGGGCAUCGAUGAACAAUAUAUUGCACAAACGUUGUCUCUUUGACUUUCAAAUGUUAUUGCCGGACCGUGUUGUUCUAAUUCAUGCGUAAAUUGUUCACAGUCAACGUGUUAACUGAAAAACGAUGAGAAUACAAGACACGACCUUGGUGGUCCAACAGUUAACAUGGACGACUAAAUUGCAAGAGAAAUUCGAGGAAAGCCAGCGUCUCCUGGUGCAGCUGAAAUCGCAGUGCGCAAGGAAUGGGCUUGAAAACGCGCUGAAUAAUGUCAUGACGCUGUCUAGUAGACCGGAAGUGGUAUUGGCUAAGACUGAAGGACACGCGCAUGCGCACAAACGAGUAGUCAGCGGGUCAUUGCAGCAAAUGUUGACUGACAUGAUGAUAGCACAAGAGCAGAUUCUCCUCAGCAGCUGUUUAAACAACUCCAAGCUGUGCGUUCCAGGACCGAAAGGCAACCCCGGUAUGAAGGGAGACACGGGGCCUCAGGGUGUCAACGGAAGUCAGGGGCCAGCGGGUCCUCCUGGCGACAGAGGGGAUACCGGUCUUCCGGGAUUAAAUGGAACUAAGGGUGACACGGGCACGCCAGGACCUAAAGGUGAUCCCGGAUUGCAGGGAUUCAAGGGCAACAUGGGAUUGAAGGGAGACAUGGGUCUUCCUGGCCAAAAUGGAACGGACGGGCUUCCGGGACCAAAAGGAGAUCCCGGUAUGAAGGGGCAGAAAGGGGAUAUGGGACUUCAAGGACCUGCUGGGCCGGUAGGGCCACCUGGCGCGAAGGGCGAAAAGGGAGAUCCGGGUUUGCCCGGACAAAAGGGAGAUUCGGGCCCUCAAGGACCAUCCGGGGCCACGGGUUCUUCCUUGGAUUCUGACUGUAUCUGCGUCAAACCACCGAAGAUAGACGUCUUUGAACCCGCAAACCGGACGGCGUAUUAUCCAAUUAACAAAGAGUUACAGCUGCACUGUGACACAAAUUCCACCGGAGCAACGGUCAAGUGGAAAGAACCGAACACUUCCGCCUGUCUGUCCGGCUCCAACAGCGGACCAUAUUUAAUGACUAAAUAUCUACAGCCGUCACAGGCCGGGAACUACACGUGUACUGUUUCGAACAACUUCGGCAGUGCGACUCAAACGGUUACCAUAGUUACACCAGAACAUCCACUGGAUUGCGAUUUCGAGAACAAUGACCUAUGUAACUGGAUUGUCGACAGAAAUACAGCGGGUUCUUGGUCAUUACGUAUGGGCCCAACCCCCACGGCUACUACGGGACCCAACGCCGACCAUACCCUGGGGACCGCUCUAGGCCAUUAUUCCUACAUUGAGACAAGCGUUGGUACCCAGGGCGACCAGAGUCAGCUUAUCUCUCCCCAACUUACGGCGACCAAUGACAGCGCCUGCUUAACGUUCUGGUACCACAUGCACGGCUUAGACAUUGGGUCCCUGAAGCUAGAGACUGUGGAGUAUAGUACCGAUGCAGUUGGGAAUUGCAUCGAGACCAAACUACAAAACGUGACGAUAUCAGGUGACCAGGGCGCGGCUUGGCGUCAAGCGCAGACAACUCUUCCCCCGAUGAGCAAACCACAUCGCCUCAUUUUGACCUCUAUCCAAGGCAACGGUAAUUUUGGCGACGUGGCGAUCGACGACAUAGAAUACUAUGUAGGACAAUGUAAAGCGAGCUUGCAACCGGUGGGUCAAAGUGAAGUCUUUUUGACUUAUCUGGCGAACCAACCUCUGACUUUGGACUGUACGAUCACCGGCCAGCCUCAGCCGACCUACACCUGGUCGAAACAAGGAUCAUGUGGGCGCAGUCUCAACGUUACAGGUUCCAAAGUCCAUGUGACAGAUUACUUGACGAUCGGGGAUGCCGGGACGUACGUCUGCAACGCGUCCAGCGGCGGGAACGUGGUGACCCAGAUUUACCACGUGGCCGUUAACCGUUCUGGAUUUGAGGAUAAGUGUAAUUUCGAUAACAAUAACCUCUGCAGUUGGCGCCAGGAUGCGAGCGACGUUUUUGAUUGGAUAUUGCAGACUGGAACUACCCAAUCACAAGACACCGGGCCCCCUGGUGACCACACAACUCAUGGCGGGGCUGGGAUGUACGUCUACAUCGAAGCCUCCUCGCCCCGCGUGCAGGGAGACAACGCGGCAAUUGUGUCGCACACACUUCCAUCAAAUCUGACCACGUGCCUCUCUUUCUUCUACAACAUGUUCGGCGACGGCAUUGGGAACCUUGACGUCACUAUUGUGGACAAGUGCUCGGGGCAGACGCAGAGGGUUUUCCACGAGUCCGGUAACAAAGGCGAAGCCUGGAAAGAGGCGACCGUCAGCAUUCCGGCAUCAGCGGUCCCCAACGAGUACGAAAUUAAAAUAGGGGCCACCGUCGGGAGCACGUUUCACGGGGAUAUAGCGUUAGAUGACAUCCUUAUUCAGGACACCUCGUGUGCGGUCAAGAAAAUGGACUGCGACUUCACAGUAGACUUGUGUAGCUGGACACAGUCGAAAACGGACGACUUUGAUUGGGAACGAUUACGCGGGACAACUUCCUCCUCUAACACCGGACCAAACGGCGAUCAUACCGACCCAGCUGGAAAUGGCUUCUACUUGUUCACUGAGGGAUCCUCUCCACAAACGCAAGGACAGGUCGCUGACCUUGUUUCCGCGGUGCUGCCUGCGGGCGAAGAAUUCUGCAUGCACAUCGCCAUCAAUAUGUACGGAGCCACGAUGGGGCGAAUUGAAAUCCUCACAAUGGAUGACGGCAGUUCCACUCCCAAAUCCACCCUUGCGAGCUUCAAUACGGCCUCGAACACCCCGGUGUGGACAGAAAAAGACGUGCAGAUUCCGGCGCAGGGCGCCAACUUCCACGUGGUUAUCCGGGGAGUCAUCGGGUCCGGAUUCGCCAGCGACGCAGCCAUCGAUGACAUCAGCAUGCACUCUGGAAAAUGCUGAACGUUUGGUGCAAGCAUAUUAAAAUCUACAUAUGCGUGAUUCGCAUAAAAGUUA